AUGGCGACCCUAGCGAGAGAUGAGAUAAAAUCUGUUACUGACGACAACAUUUCUGCGCAGGUUCAAUCAAAAGUCAAACUUCAAGCUACUAAGGAAUUUCAAGUAUGUAUUGAAAAUGAUGGAAAUGAUAUAGAAUUACUUAGACAGAUGUUAUCGAAAUUAAUCACUAAAAAGAAUGAAAUUGCACGCAAGGCUAGACGGGAUAUUGAUAUAUCAGAACUCGACCAGUUAUUUGAAGUCGAUGAAAGAAUUGAUAAAGUUAAUAUUAAAAUUCUUAGUCUAGAAAAAAAGUUACUUUCAAUAGAUUCCGAUGAAGACCAACAUUCUUUACACGAAAGAAACGAUUCUACUGGAACAUACUACUUGUUCAAUACCAAAAGUGUAAAAAACAAAAAAUAUUAUCCAAAAGAUUGCAUCCUUAACUACAAGCUAAAAGAUAAGGAGAAUAUCCCAACCCUUCUAAACAAGUUUGAUGAACUUUUAAGAAGACAUGAUUUUGAUAAUGUUUUCUCUAGCGAAAUCAAAAACAUAGACCCUCGUGAAAACCAAAUAUUGUGCAAGAUUUUGAACGAAGCAAUACAUAACGAAAUUGAUAUCGUGAAUACUACUUCAGAAAAUAUAUUUUUAAUUAUCGAUAAAUUACAAGCUCAAUAUAGAUCAUCUCAUGGACGACAAGCUAGAAUCAAGGCUUGGAAUAAGAUUAUGGUUGACAGAAAAUGUAAAAAACUGGAAUCAUUAAGAACUGAACUUAACAAAUUAGUUUUAAUGGAAAGAUGUAUCCUACCAAAGUGUUACGACAAUAAUGAAACAAGAGAUUAUAUUUUGAAAGAAAAUCUAUUGGACGUUUUACAUGAAUCCUUGAAAAUGCCAGUGUACCAGCGAUUAUUCAGCAUUCAAAAUGAACAAAAAUUAAGAGUUGAAGAAUAUAUAAUUAAUAUCAUUAUUCAAACAAUAAACGAAUUAGGUGUAAAUGUUACAGAUCAAUAUGAAAUGCAUUGUAAGUACUGUAAAUCAGAAUUCCACAGCUCGAUAAACUGCAGAAUGAAAUUAGACAAAAAACACAGGUCUAACACGAAUAGCUACUUGAAAGGUAAUGUUUCACAAGGUACAACCAAAAAAAAUACACCAAAACUGGUACAAAACCAGCCAGAACCUUUGAAAAGACAACAAAAGAAGAGGAACAAAAAGGGUUCAGACAAAAAUCUGGUCAUUAUUGGCACCGGUUCAGGCAUCAGUAUUACGAAUAAUAAGAAUUUAUUACACAAUUAUGAAGACAACCAAGAAAAUACACAAUUAUUUGGUAUUGGUAAAACUAACCCAGUUUCUGUUAAAGGUUCAGGAUACAUAAAAAUAAAAAGUAACACAAAUGACAAUUACUUAUUGGCUCAUUAUGUUCCUGAAGAAGAAACUACCAUUAUCAGUGGUUAUGAGUUGGCUAAAGAAACCGAUCUGGUUUUAACCAAAAAUUAUUUGACCCUGGGAAACAAGGACAUGAACAUUAAAACUCAGGUAAAAAAUGGAAUUAUUUACGUAAAAAUAAAUGACCUAAUUGAUCAUCCUGCGUAUGAUUUCAAAAGGAAUACAAUACAACCAAAAUCUUCCCCAAAAACUAGAUUGAUGCCCAGAAUUAUAAGCUUAGAAGAUGCUCAUAAACGAAUGGGACAUACAGGAGUGCAACAGAUUGAAAACUCCAUUAAACACAGUCAAUACGAAGAAAGUAUUGAUUUGAUUAAAGAACCAAAUGAAUUUUGGUGUGAAACUUGUAAAGUUUCAAAAAUCACGAGAAGAAACCAUUAUGCUGGAUCUAUGAACGAACACAGUAUCGAUCAUGAACCUGGUUCAUCGUGGUGCAUGGAUAUACUUGGUCCAGUAUCAAACUCGAACUCGGGUAUAAAAAGAUACAUGUUCAUUAUGGUUGAUAACAAUACGAGAUAUUGUAUGACCUCCACACAUUUUAACAAAAGUGCUGAAACUAUCUUAGCACAAAUCAAGAAGAACAUUCAGUAUGUGGAAACUCAAUUUGACAGAAAAGUCAGGGAAAUCAAUUCAGAUCGAGGAACUGAAUUUACAAAUGAUCAGAUAGCGGAAUAUUUUGUCUCAAAGGGAAUUCAUCAUAUAUUCUCUGGUACACAAGAUCAUGCUGCAAACGGGAGAGCAGAAAGAUACAUCAGAACCAUAAUCACCGAUGCGAUAACUCUGUUAAGACAAAGCAACUUAUGCAUUAGAUUUUGGGAAUACGCAGUGAAUUCUGCUACCGAUGUACGCAAUUGUUUAGAAAACCAUAGUACAGGUCAAUUGCCACUUAAGGCGAUAUCUGGUCAACCUGUUAAAGUUAGAUUCAUGUCCUUCUUACCUUUCGGAGAACAAGGAAUAAUUUUGAAUCAUAAAUACAGCAAACUAAAACAACCAGGACUUAGCGCUAUAAUCUUAUGCAAAGAUCCUAAUCGUCAUGGAUAUAAACUUUUUGUACCCUCUACUAAAAAAAUCGUCACUUCAAGUAAUUACACGCUUUCAAACUACGCAAAGGAUCCAAUAUUAAGGAACACACAGAACAUAUACCUAGAUGAUCAAAGCAGAUCAGAUACUUUCAAUGAAGCAGAAAACUUAGAUGCUGUUUCAAGGUUGUAUAAUGCAUUGGAGAAUUACGAAGAUUGUGCGAGCAAAAAUGCUGUGAUCAUCGAUAAUGAAGCAAUAUUGCUAAAAGAGUGCAAGAAAAAUCAGCGGUGA